AUGCGUUUAUACGCAUUACACAAACGACAAUUCGUAGCUGUAUUCGUUUUAUUUUUUAUUUGUUUAUUUAUUGCUGUUUUAAUUGGUAUUAUUGGUCCAUCUGUUAUUCAAUCGAUUGAUUAUAAAUCUGAAAAUCCAGCUAAACAAUUAUCUGGUCCUUAUGAAUUCAAAUCUGAAUAUCUUGAUAAAUUUCAUCAACGUCUUUGGUUAACUAUGAAAAGUUCAACGAAUAUAAAUGAUGAAUUUCGUCAUUUAAUUAAUGUUAGUAUUGCAGUGAAUAAUCCAUCGUCGAAUACUGAAAAUUAUGUUCGUCAACGAACGAUUCAUUGUCAAAGACAGUCUUCGCUAACACCAAACAUUCAACUCUUAAAGUUUCAGAAAUAG